UUGUUCUUCUUUUAGUUAGAAACGUUGUGCCUUGAUGUCGUUUUAUACGGCGCACAUUUUGUGCUUUCAAUUCUCUCUCUGCUUCUCCUCCCUUCAACUUCACUGACGUGAAUUUGACUAUCCUAAAAACCAGAGCUUUAUCAUGAGGAAGUGAAAGCUGAGGAUUCAGCCAAGAGUUAACAAGGUUUCUUACUCAGAACAUUUUAGAGAAAGAUGGUUUUCUUGUGCUGGAAUCGACCCUCUCCUCAAGAGCAGAAGGAUUGUUUAACCAAGUCAGCUGCCUUCAACUAUAACUCUAAGUACAGGGGAGCUACUGCUAAAACUGCAUCUUCCCUCAAAGAAGAUCAUGAACUCUCUAAAGAUGGUUUCUUGCUAAACCAUGCCCGUGUUUUAGUUGGUUCUGGUCUUGACACUUUCGAAAAGGGCAAGUUAGCUCUUCAAACAUGGAGGCAUUUUGGACUGAAUUGGGCAUUUGUCGAUCCGAAAACUCCAAUUCAAAGUGGGGUGAAGUUCUGUGUUUGUGUAAAGGAGUUUCUGCCUUGGGUCAUGAUGCCUCUUCAGGUGGUUUAUGUUAAUGAAAGUAGAAAUGCUAAAAAGAGUAUGGCUUCAUUUUCUUUUGGUGGCGGUACCCUUCAAGGUCAUCUUCUGGCUGGGGAAGAGCGUUUUUCAAUUGAAAUGGAUGAGAAGAGUCAAGUCUGGUAUGAGGUGCUUUCCUUAUCAAAACCUGCCCACUUCCUGUCAUUUAUUGGGUACCCUUACGUGCAAUUCAGGCAGAAGGUUUUCACCAAUCAGUCUGCCAAGGCAGUUCUGAAACAUGUGAAUGCUUCAUAAUCCUUUGUACCAUCUAAUGUAAGUGCAACACUGGCGCAUUUUCUUUAACUCAUAAGUUGUUUAUUCAAUCAUGUAUCAAGACCUCGGGCAUAGUUGUAAGUAAUUAGCAAUUUGCUGAUUCCAUAAAGUGGUGCUAGAGUUGAGGCCA